AUGGAGGACAGCAGCCGAGUGUCCCCUAGCAAAAGCACCAGCAACAUCACCAAGCUCAAUGGCAUGGUGCUGCUGUGUAAAGUGUGUGGAGAUGUCGCCUCGGGCUUCCACUAUGGAGUGCAUGCCUGCGAGGGCUGCAAGGGCUUUUUCCGUCGGAGCAUCCAGCAGAAUAUCCAGUACAAACGGUGUCUGAAAAACGAGAACUGCUCCAUCGUCCGCAUCAACCGCAACCGGUGCCAACAGUGUCGCUUCAAGAAGUGUCUCUCCGUGGGCAUGUCCCGAGAUGCCGUGCGUUUUGGGCGUAUCCCCAAACGAGAAAAGCAGCGGAUGCUUGCUGAGAUGCAGAGUGCCAUGAACUUGGCCAACAACCAGCUGAGCAGCCAGUGUCCGCUGGAGAACUCUCCCAUGCAGCACCCCACCCCAGGCCCCAUGGGCCCCUCGCCGCCACCUCCUGCUGCAGUGCCCUCACCCCUGGUGGGCUUCUCUCAGUUCCCGCAACAGCUGACGCCACCCAGAUCGCCAAGCCCUGAGCCUACCGUGGAGGAUGUGAUAUCCCAGGUGGCCCGGGCCCACCGAGAGAUCUUCACCUAUGCCCAUGACAAGCUGGGAACGUCACCUGGCAACUUUAAUGCCAACCAGGCAGUGGGGAGCCCUCCGGCCACCACCCCACAUCGCUGGGAAAAUCAGGGCUGCCCACCUGCCCCCAAUGACAACAAUGCCUUGGCUGCCCAGCGUCAUAAUGAGGCCCUCAAUGGUCUACGCCAGACCCCUUCCUCUUACCCUCCCACCUGGUCCCCCAGCCCUGCCCAUCACAGCUGCCACCAGCCCAACAGCAACGGGCACCGUCUAUGCCCCACCCAUAUGUAUGCAGCCCCAGAAGGAGAGGCACCUGCCAAUACUCCACGGCAAGGCAACUCCAAGAAUGUUCUGCUGGCAUGCCCCAUGAACAUGUACCCCCACGGGCGCAGUGGCCGGACCGUGCAGGAGAUCUGGGAAGACUUCUCCAUGAGCUUCACGCCUGCCGUGCGGGAGGUGGUGGAAUUUGCUAAGCACAUCCCCGGCUUCCGUGACCUUUCUCAGCACGACCAGGUCACUCUGCUUAAGGCGGGAACCUUUGAGGUACUGAUGGUGCGGUUUGCAUCUCUGUUCAACGUGAAAGACCAGACCGUAAUGUUCCUAAGCCGUACCACCUACAGCCUGCAGGAGCUCGGCGCCAUGGGCAUGGGAGACCUGCUCAAUGCCAUGUUCGAUUUCAGUGAGAAGCUUAACUCCCUGGCACUGACCGAGGAGGAGCUGGGUCUCUUCACGGCGGUGGUGCUUGUCUCUGCAGGUGGGUCCAGCCCCCAGCCGCCCGCGGGGAGGAGGCAGACGCAGUUGAAUUGA